AUGAAAGGCCUACUUCAAAGCUAUCCCCCGCUCGGCCAAGUCACCAUCAUCCAAAGCCGUGAAGUGAUAUUGACAGCAGUGCUGCGAGUAUCCCUCACUCAGGUGGAAGAAGAAUGGGAAGUCGCACUUUGGAUAUCUCAUGAUAACAAGGAUUGGAGCGAGAUAAGUCUUGCCAAGUUAGCGCCUCAUGAUGAGCCACACCAUCUCGGUCACCAGCCUCGGUCUACUUCACUGUUAUACUUUGCCUGUUCAUUUCGGCUGCAGAGGUCUGCUCAGUUCACGCUGAAAUUCCGCCAAGCAAGUAACAAACCGUGGGAAUGGGUUCGUGACAAGGAGGGUUUGAACGAUGGCGUCGUCAUCCUUCUUACACCUCACUCCGUGUCUGAGGACAAUGUAGGGCCACGCAUCGCAGACUUAGACACCAAGUGGAAGAUAUCAUCACCUGUGAGCCAGUCUCCAGGCACUCGGUUAUGGUCACUAGACUGCGCCCUACCUGCCUCGCCCGGGAGAUACACGGCAGCUCGAGAUAUUGAUGUCGGUACGCCAUGGGCUACGGGGCUAAUGCAAGGCAGGUGGUUUGCUCUUGUGCAACACAAGGCUGCCUGGCUUGGUCCACGACACGGAAAGUCUCAAUUUAACGUAGAUCAAGAUGCAAUUUUGUGUUGUUUUCUAAGCCACGAAGGCAAGACGAUGGCGAUGCUAGCCAUCAGUGGCAUUGGCAAUGUGACGACGACGUUCCGUCACAAUGAUCAGGGGAUGGUCACUGUGAACGAUUCCGAGUCAAUAGGAACAGCCACCGUUUUGGUGUCAGAGGGGAACGACUUCCAAAACGCUGUUGCUUCCGUUAUGUAUCAUGCAAGAACCAUGGUGUCCGGGCCAUAUGCUACACCAAAGGAACAAUUAACUAGUCGGUUAGACGACGACCCCAGAACUACAGCAGCGUGGAAACCGGAGUGGUAUGACGUCAAUGUUAACUUGUCAACUGGCACUUGGAAUGCUUUAGGACAACAGCUUUCAGAGAAGACAAUUCUUGCUGCCGUUGAGGAGCUCGCUAGGAACGAGAUUCGUAUCACCAAUCUUAUAAUUGAUGACAAUUGGCAGUCUCUUGACCGGAGUGGAGGCGACCAAUUUGAAUAUAGCUGGGUUGAAUUUGAAGCAGAUCGAAAGGCUUUUCCAAACGGAUUGAAAGGUUUGGUAUCACAAAUUCGCAAUAUUCACCCAGACAUUCAGCAUGUUUUCGUAUGGCAUGCUCUUCUGGGCUAUUGGGGCGGCAUCUCACCAUGUGGCAGCAUCGCCGAGACCUAUGAGACGACCAGGGUAUCUCACGAGGGAGAAAAUACAGAUUCUCUGAUUGUAGUUGUCAAGCCGGAUGUAUCCCGAUUUUAUGACGACUUUUACAGAUUCCUGGCCGACUCGGGGAUCGAUGGUGUCAAAGCCGACGCACAAGUCCAGGUUGACUUGUUGACCACCGCAGCAGACCGUCGAGACUUGAUGUCCACCUACCUUGAUGCAUGGUCUGAGGCAUCAAAGCGGUAUUUCGGUUCGCAAACCAUAUCUUGCAUGUCGCAGUUCCCAUACGCCCUCUUCUAUUCUCAACUGCCCCGAAAUCGCAGGGAGAUUCUGGUCAGGAACUCUGAUGAUUUCUUCCCUGACGUUCCGCGAUCACAUCCAUGGCAUAUGUGGGCCAAUGCUCACAAUGCUAUCUUUACUCAGUUUUUGAAUGCGGUUCCUGACUGGGACAUGUUCCAAACUGCACAUGAUUAUUCAGGGUUUCAUGCCGCAGCUCGUUGUGUGAGCGGUGGUCCCAUCUAUAUUACAGACGUUCCGGGAGACCACAACAUACGUCUUCUCAGGCAAAUGACUGCGACCACUCCUCUCGGACAAACGGUUAUUCUGCGGCCGAGUGUCUUGGGGAAAUCCGUUUCCGCUUAUGCGAGCUAUGAGGACGAUGUACUCUUAAAGAUUGGUAGCGCAGCACAAACAGGCAUUGGUAUUCUCGGCGUUUUCAACAUUUCGACCAGGGACCUUGUUGAACUCAUUCCGCUCGAGCUCUUCCCUGGAGUAUCCAAUGCCGGUAAAUACGUAGUUCGAGCUCAUAGCACCGGCAAAGCUUCUAUGCCUAUGACUGUUGGAGGUCCGGAACCAUUUAUUUCCAUUUCUUUGGAAGAGACUGGGCAUGAGAUUUAUAGUGCUUUCCCGGUGACACCUUUCAAGGGCAAAGGACACGAUGAUGGACAUGUUGGUGUCUUUGGUUUAGUUGGCAAGAUGACUGGUGGUGUAGCAAUGACGUCAAGUUCCAUGGUACAAAGGGAAGACGGCAGAGUUGUUGUGACAUGUAAUAUCAAGGUCCUGGGUGCUCUCGGUGAGUGA